CUAAAAAAAACUCCAACUCCGCUUCCCGUCCGUGUGUGGCGAGGACGGCGCCCAAAUGAACGCAAGCGAGGACGGCGCCCGCCGCCGCCGCCGUUCCCAAACCCACGACGAGGCAGACGGAGUGGCCCGCCUCCAUCCUCAGGUUCACGCGGGCGAGGAGGGAGCGGGAGUGGCUCGCGGGCGCCGUACGCGCCCCCGCGCCCGCCCUCGUUCCCAGAUCCACGCGACCGGCGAGGGCGCCGGAGUGAUCUGUUGCGUCAGCAUUCCGGCGGCGCUGGCCUCGCCGUUCGAAGACGACGACCUCCUGAGGGAGAUUCUCCUCCGUCUCCCGCCGCAGCCCUCCUCGCUACUCCGGGCCUCCGCCGUCUGCAAGCAGUGGCGAUGCGCCGCCACCGACCCCAAGUUUCUCCACCGCUUCCGCACGCACCACCGGAAGCCGCCCCUCCUCGGCGUCUUUCACGUGCGCAACAGGGAUGAUAUCGUCUUCACCCCAAUACUGGACGCACCCGACCGCAUCCCUCCUCAGCGAUUCGACCUUAUUAGCAGCACGGAGGUGGUGCUCUUACUGCUCGAUUGUCGCCACGGUCGCGUCCUUCUCAUUGACGUGAAGCGGGAUGAGGCCAUCGUGUCCACCCCCAUCACCGGCGAGCAGCGCCACCUGCCAAUUCCGUCGGAGUUCGAAUUCACCGAUGAUGUCAACGGGGCUGUGCUCUGCGCUGCCAGCGACCAUGACCAUGUGCACGGAAGCUGCCACUCGAGCCCCUUCAAGGUAGUGUUGAUCUCCGAUGUUGGAGAGGAUAAUCGAUUCUUUGCUUGUGUUUACUCCUCGGAGACUGGAGUAUGGAGUGAUAUCAUCUCAACAGCCGUUCCACCUGUAACUUUUUGUGCUGAUACCCCUGGGGUGCUUGUUGGUAAUGCACUUUACUGGUUGAUGGAUUUUAUGACCGAUGACAUACUUGAGUUUGAUUUGGAUCAGCAGAGCCUAGCUGUGAUCAAGGGGCCUCCCAUUACAGAUGAUUUCCGCCAUGCCAGCCAUUGGAUCGUCCAGGCUGAGGAUGGUGCUGUUGGCUUCGCCAUAUUGACUUGCAGUCACUUACAAAUGUGGCAGAGGAUUAUAAAUGUCCAUGGUGUUGCCACAUGGGUGUUAUGGAAGACCAUUGACAUGCAUACCAUUCAUGGGCUCCCUCCCCAGAUUGAAGGAGAGAAGACACACAUGAUACGUAUAGCGGGAUGCAUUGAGGAUACUGAUGGUAUAUAUCUAUUUGUAGGCUGUGAUGUCUAUAUGGUUCAACUUAAUUCGAUGCAGUCUAGGAAACUUUGUGAAAACCGUGGUUAUACUUACUAUCAUUCGUUCAAGAGUUUCUAUCCGCCAGGCACAACCAUUGCUGGUGCAUGCGAUGGAGCUGAAAUGUUGCACGAUACAUAGGAUGACUGUCUGGUUUGAUGUUCUAAUGUGCUGAAACGGUUCAGCAGGUGAAGAAGGGCUGCUGCACUUGUUAGUUGACACUGAAUUUGUCGCAUUGCAUCAAUGUCGUCAGCAGUGUCUAUAUGUUAUCUAAAACGACUUACCGUGCCUUAGUCUAGCCAAGUCUCUAUUAGCAAGAUGCUUUUGAAUGCCUGAUCCAGUGAAUUUCAGCUUAACCCAGUAUUAUUUCAGGCCGGAUUUCGUCGUCUCUUGUUUUUGUUAUGUAUUUGUGCCUGACAGCUCUUCUCCUGAGCCAUGAUAGUUUCAGUCCCAUGUAUUACCAAAACUUGUGUGUUUGAGUGUACUUGUCAGCUGUGGUUUGAAAAGCAUGUCAUUGCCAUCGAUUAAAUAUGAUCAUGAUCUACCAUGAUCUGCUCA